AGGAAGGAGUGUUUGUUUGUGGCUAGGCACAGAUCUGUGUGAACAGUCAGGGGAAAACAAAUAACACUGAAGGGGAAUCCUAAGACCGUUUAUUCUUGACGUGAGAAAUGGAAUUCUACACUGUGCGAUACAGUAUCUAGAGAAAGUUAAAUCAACCAGCAGUUGCGCGUCUCAUGGAUUUGAAUGAUCUGAGUAUAUCAUACAUCUGGGUGUCGAUCUCAUGCAACACUUACAUCAAUAACUUCCAAAACAAUAUGAUGCAAUUUGAUUAUUAAUGUAACUUUUGCAACGGAAUUUUUUAGUACACAUUUUUAGUGUAACUGUGCUUUCCUUUUUUUUUUUUUUUUUUUUUUUUUAAUUGAUUUUGUGCUGUAAACUAUUGACACUCUAACAUUUCAAAGAUGAACGGGACAUUUUUUAACCAGUCUAUCUGGGCACAAGGAACCUUUACCAACAAAAGCCAGGACCUAGCAGACUCCAUAGUGGGGUGCUGCAAUGGCAGUACCCCGGUCACCACAAGCGACGGAGGUUCCCUGGUCCUUGUCCCGGACGAGCGGAAUCUUUUCAUCACGAGAGUGGUGCAGAUAGCGGUGCUGUGUGUCCUGUCAUUAACUGUCAUUUUCGGCAUUUUCUUCCUGGGGUGCAAUCUGAUGAUCAAGUCAGAAAGCAUGAUCAACUUUCUAGUUAAGGACAGGAGACCUUCAAAAGAUGCAGAGGCUGUCAUCGUUGGCCUCUACUAGCAGUGUGUGGAGCUUGUCCAGACUUGGUAUACGGACCAAGUCCAUUACUGUACCGGAGUACAUAUAUGCAACGUCUGGGGCGCUUUUUCCUGAAGCUGAAGUCAUAAUAGCGAACUGUGUUGCUCGAAGAACUCAUAAUUAUGGGGUCUGGCGAUCCAUGUAUGUUUUAUUUAUAUUAAAAAAAAAAAUAGCUAUAAAAAUGAAUGCCUUCUGUUUUAUUUUUAAUGUUUACUGUAUGAUUUGUUUGUUUUUUUGUUUGUUUACUUCUAAACCGCCUUCUCGUCUCUCGUGGUGAUUAUUAACACGUCAUGGUUUUGUUAAAAUGUUUACAGUUAUUAAUUUAUUUUGAAGGUUAUGCAUGCGGAAUUCUAUUUUUGUGCAUGGAAAUUGCUACCAAAAACCUGAGUAUAGUAUGUCAAGUAUAAAGCAUUUUGAAGAGAAUGUAAUUGUCCAAAUGCAAGUCUAACCACUCUUGCACUUUUGUAAAGAUGUUCAGUGAAUGAGACAUCUAAAUAGUGAAGCAUGUUUAGCCAUUCCACUAAAAUGGAUGUUGUGCAUUGAAUUUCUUACCUAAGAUUUACACUUUGUACUAAAUGAGAAUUACAAUUUAAAAAGCAUGCUCAGUGCCUGUUAUAUUGUUACUAAUGAAUUUGAAAAACUAUAUUUUGCACUUUUAUGAAAAUGAAAAUGCUGCAUGAUUUUUUGUACAAAACUUGAAUGACUUGUACAAACAAUGUUGCGAUUCUUAAAAUAAAGAU